AAGUAAUAUCUUCCUGAAGUGAAACCUAACCACAUAUGAUGUAGUAGUCCUAGAUCGCUUACUAAUUCACUGCAUAGUUGACUAUAUAUGUAGACUUAGAAGAGGCAUAAAAAUAAUUUUAUAAGCCAUAUUUUAAAAUAACUUUAUUAUAUAUUGAUUGAAAAAGGUCCUAAAAAUGGCCAAAAAUAGCUUUUACUAUCCAAGUAUGCCGGAAGAGGAAAGUAUCAGUCAUCAUUUUCAUGCCACUGCAAGUAAAAUGCACAACUUUGAAGAUUUGCCUGCAAAUUAUUCUGAUUUUGAAUUUCAUGACCCUUUUGAUGGGUUUCCAGAAUUAGAUCAUGAUCAUAAUCAAAAUCAUGAUCAUGGUACUAAUACUAAUAUUAAUCCUUCUGCUUCUGCUUCUGCUUCUUCCCAAAGCCAUAGACAAGCUGAAAAGCGGCGUCGGGAUCGGAUUAAUGCUCAACUUUCUAGGCUUAGGAGACUCAUUCCUAAGUCAGACAAGAUGGACAAGGCUGCACUUUUGGAAAGGGUGGUAGAGCAAGUAAAAGAGCUAAAGAGACAAACAUCAGAAAUCAGCAAGUUGUUAAUUGUCCCAACAGAAUCUGAUGAUAUAACCAUUGAAUGUCAAACAAAUAACAUACAACAAGGCGAUCAUCAUCAUGAUCAUACCAAUGAUUUGAUGAUGAUUAAGGCUACAUUUUGCUGUGAAGAUAGGCCUGAUUUAAUUCCAGAGAUAAUCAAGGCAUUAAAAGACCUAAACUUGACCAUAAUCGGAGCUGAGAUUGCUACUUUAGGAGGAAGAUUGAAGAGUAUUUUAUUACUUUACUACAAAUUAGACACUAAUCUUCAUCCUGAUUUCAAUUUUAGUGCUAUUAAGAACUCUUUAAUGGGGGUUUUGACUAGACUUACUUCUUGGCCUAGUUCUAGUACUUCUAAUUUUAGAGUCACAAGUAAGAGGCAACGCUUCUUUUUUUCCUCUUAACUUUUUUUUUUUUUUAUUUUUUAUUUUAGGAUAAAGAUAAUCUCCGAAAAUAAUAGGAAAUGAGAAAUUGAUCUUUUCAUUAAUAGUGAAAUUAAACUCUAUCACUGAUAGAAAGUAAAGCCUUUAAUUAUUAGAUCCACCUAUAAUUUUAAAUCUUAUUUUGAACUUUACAGUAUAUAAAAUAAUAAUGUUUUUUAAAAUCGAACUCAUAUAAGUGUUUUAUGGAGCAUAUUAUUAGUACCAAUUAACUUAACAAUAUUAAUAAUAGUAUAUUUGCCAC